UUCUCAGUUCCAGCCAAUAAGACUCUCCUGGCAGCAGGAGCCAGACAAGCACUGAAAAGUGUAAGAACAAGGCUACGCUACCAUGUUAGGAUAUGGAUAUUCAGGCCUGCCUGUAAAGGCCUAGACUUUAAGAAUAGACUUCCUGGAAAAGGAACCUCACUGGGGAAAGAGUCAAGCUAGCAUCUGGGAGAGAGAGGAGCCAGGAGAGGGCAGAAAGAAGAGCAGGGGCCGCGUCCCAUUGAAGGAAGCUUGGCUCCAGGACGGCACAGCCAUGGUGCCUUGGCUCUGGGCUCUGCUGAUGGCAGCUGGGACGGGCGCCUUGGAGCCCGGCUUCCAAGCUUGCAAGAGGGCCCUGAACGUCAGCGUGCUGGAGGUGCUGCCAGGCGGGGGCUGGGACAACCUGCGCAAUGUGGAGGUGGGGCGAGUGAUGAGCCUCAACUACUCGCAGUGCCGCACCACAGAGGACGGUGAGUACCUGCUGCCGGAUGAGGUGGAGGUGGUGCCGCUCCGGGAGAGCAGGGUGGAGGUGAACGCCGAGCUGAUCGAGAACUGGCUCUCCUACACCGACGCCUUUGCCCGCUCCAUCAAUGCCGAGGCCUCCUUCCUGGGCAUCCUCAAUGGAAAGUUCUCUUCCGGGAGCCAGGAGACCAAGACCCACAAUGUCUACGACCAGACGGUCACCACCCGGGUGCAAGUGCGGCACCACAUCUACUCGGUGAAGGCCCAGCCUGCCUUCACCCUCCACCCCAGCUUCCGGCACGAGCUCCUGGCCAUCGGCAACCAGCUGGAGAACAACCAGAGCCAGACGGCCGCGUACCUCGCUGAGCUGCUAGUCCUGAACUAUGGCACCCACGUCCUGACCAGGCUGGAGGCCGGAGCCAGCCUGAUCCAGGAGGACCAGGUCAAACUGAUCUUCCUGCAGGACAAGGUGGCCGAGAAGGCGAGCAUCACCGCCUCGGCCUCCGCCACCUUCUUCGGCAAGGUCAACGUGGGGAUUGGCGCCGCCGCACAGGUCCAAGACGAGCUGACCAAGAGCUAUCUGGAGAACACGGUGGACUCGCGCAUCGAGAGCCGGGGCAGCGUGCCCUUCUACCCAGGCAUCACGCUCCAGAAGUGGCAGGAAGGUAUCCCCAACCACCUGGUGGCCAUCAGCAAGGCCGGCCUGCCCCUGCCCUUCUUCAUCAGCCCGGAGGCCCUGCCGGAGCUGCCGGCACCCACAACCAAGAGGGUAGCAGCUGUGGUGGACAAGGCCAUUCAUCUUUAUUACGCCAUCAACACCCACCCGGGCUGCGUCAAGGCUGACGCCAGCAACUUCAAUUUCCAGGCCAACGUGGAUGAUGGCUCGUGCCUGGGGGCCAGCACCAACUUCACCUUCGGGGGUGUCUUCCAGAAAUGCCGCGGGGUGUCAGGCCAGGAUGGGGAGGAGAUGUGCCAGCCGUACCGCACCCAGAACCCGCUGACGGGGGGCUUCUCCUGCCCGGCCGGCUUCACACCCGUCCCGCUGCACAGCGAGGAGCGCACGGCCAGCAAACCCCGAGCUGAGUGCCACGAGCAGUGCCACUCCUGCUGGCUCUUCUUCUCCUGCUGCCAUAAGGAGUGCGGCGUCCACUACUACUCCACCACCGUGCGCUUCACGGCCCACUGGUGCGCCGCCACCGGCCCUGUGCCUCAGGGCUCAGGCUUCCUCUUUGGGGGGCUGUACAGCGCCGGGGAGGAGAACCCGCUCACCGGGGCCCACGCCUGCCCGCCCUACUUCUACCCGCUCUCGCUCUUUGACGGGCUGAAGGUGUGCGUGAGCGACGACUAUGAGAUGGGCGCCCGCUUCGGCCUGCCUUUCGGCGGCUUCUUCAGCUGCCAGGCCGGCAACCCCUUGGCCGGGCCCCUGAAGGGACAGAGCCCUGGGCUCCUCCAGGAUUUCUUCUACCAGGACUCUGACACCGCCUACCCCAUGAAGUGUCCCCAGGGGUACAGCCAACACAAAGCCUAUCUGAGCGAUGGCUGCCAGAUCCUCUACUGCCUUCAGGCUGGGAGCCUCUUUGCCCAGCAGCUGGCUCCCAUCAAGCUCCCGCCCUUCCUCCGCCAGCCGUCCCCCAAUGCCAGCACGGCCGAGACCAUCCUGGUACUGGGGGAGGGCAGCCAGGCCUGGGUGAAGCUGCAGAGCAGUGGACACUGGCGGUCAGCCAACGUCACCGAUGAGAGGGAGAUGGCCCAGCUCUUCCAGGCUCAGUCCAGCGCGGGGCCCACGGGGGGCGCUGUGGCUGGCAUCUCAGUGGCCUUGACGCUUGUCCUGGCGGCGGCUAUCGCGGGGGCUGUCUAUGGCACCCGGAGGUACAAGAACAGGGGGUACCAGGAGGUACAACCCUCCAGCUGUCUAGCGGAAGAGCAAGGGAGCUACGGAUCCACCACAAUGCCUCUUGGGACUAGCUCAGCUUGAGAGCCUGGGAACUGGGCCAAGGACUCUCCCUGGGGUGAGGCUCACACCUCCUGGGUGAGGGGUACGGGGCGUGGCAAGGCUGGGGGAGCAGUAGCUUUUAAUCACAUGAAUGUAUUAGUGUUGCAGGUUGUGCUCAGGCAGCUCUCUGAUGCACCCGGGGACGGUAGUGGCACCUUUAAGAGAAGCCCCAUCUGUCUAGAACAGCCCUAGGAACCCCCUAUGAACUGGAAGGGAGUUCCUAUGUGUAGCCAAAGGGGGGCACUGUUCCACCCACCAAUGGGGACAAAGGAAAGUAGGUGUCUGGCAGUAAGGAAAUCUACCUCUUAAAGGGGAAGGGGCCACAUGUACAUAUGGAUCCCAGGAUCAAAAAUCAUGAGAUUGAUUAAAAUAAUGUUUUGAGGGAUUUGUUAUUAAAUGUCAUUAAAAACGUGAUUAAAAAAGGAAAGCUGAGAAUCUCGGGGACUCGUGGGCCUCCCGGAACUGGGCCUUGAUGAACGUACUAAAUAGCGUAAUGAAACCAGUGAGCGUUGGCCCUGUGGGGAUCCUGCCCUCCCCCACCAGCCCAGAAUGGCCUCUAGGGGAUUCUGAGCCUGUCCAGAGACCUUCACCCCGGCUCAACACUUCACCAUCUUGGGGCUGCCGUGCUGCCCAGCAGCUGCCCACAAGCCUCUGCUGUGGGGCAGGGCUGAGCCUGCAGACCCUUACAGCAAUGCUGAGGUUCCAGAUGGAGGAAAAGUGAGUGGAUUUGGCAGCUGGGGGGAGAUUGUGGGAUGGUGGGGGUGGGGGGAUCAGGGUUACUCAUCAGUGGUUUGCAGGAAGAUUGGGACAGUGCUGGGGAGAGGAGGGGGUUAGGGGCUGUGAUGGAGGUUGCAUUUUGGGUGGUGGGGAACAGAAGGAUUUUCACUUGCUUGCUGAUAACCGGAGGAGGUAAUGGUGGGGCGGAAGUGGCCAGUAAAAGAAGAGUCAUCAGCUUGGGGCAGAUGGGAACCAGCUAUGGUGGCUUAAUGGGAAGGGGGCAGUUUGCAACAGGGGAUGAUGGGAGACAUGGGCCCUGCUCGGGGGAGGGGGGGGGGGGAAUUAGCAAGCCUGAGGAGCAAGGUGCCAAACUGCAGCACUCUAAGGGUUAAUGUUCCAGGCUCACCCAACCAAGCAGUUUCGGGGCUUUCACUUCUUUCUCUUCCUUUUAUGUUUGGUUGUUUUUUUCUUGUGUGUGGGCAGCAGAGACAAAUGGAUGCUGUGGUGUAAUUUGGGGGUGGGAGGAACAGCUCAAAGCUAAUUACAUUGCCAUACACCUGCCCGUAUAUCUCUUCCCCAACAGAGCAGAGUGUGUGCGCCUGUCUCUCAAACCCCUCCUUGGGUCAUGCAUGGUUUUUUGCUAAUCAAAUAAAUGCUCACACAUA